GUAACAGUAACAGUAAGCAAGCAUUAACCCAUCUUCAUCCUAGUUUCUAGCACAAACUUUACCCAACGAUUCCAUUCACCACUGCCACUACUGCUCAAAAGUGAUCUUCCGCAAAAACUCCAUCCUUUUCAAUUCCCAUUCUCUCUCUCUCUCUCAAACCUGCUCUCACACAUCAAAUCCAACCACCCACCCAUGUGAAGAGGGUGAGGAGCAGAAGAAAAACCCUUCUAAUGGAAAAACUCUGAAAUUAGGGUUUGGUUUCCCCAAAGGGAGAGAAGAAGAAAAAAGAAGGAAGGAGGGAGGGGAUGAUGAAGCGGCUGUUGGGUGGGCCCGGGACGAUUAGCGGGUUCCUGUUGAGGUUUGGGCAAUGCGCAUUUGGUGCCGCUUCGAUUGCUAUUAUGGUCACUUCCUUUGGCUUCUCUAGCUACACCGCUUUCUGCUAUUUAAUUGCAUCAAUGGGACUUCAAGUGCUCUGGAGCUUUGGACUUGCAUGUCUUGAUAUUUAUGCUUUGAGGAGAAAGAGAGACCUACAAAAUCCUAUUCUUGUCAGCCUGUUUGUUGUGGGUGAUUGGGUAACAGCGACUUUAUCACUUGCCGCUGCAUGCUCAUCAGCAGGAAUUGUAGUAUUAUACACAAGAGACCUGACUGCAUGCGCGACUAGUAAGCAUCUCACAUGCAACAGAUACCAGAUUUCUGUGGCCAUGGCUUUUGUCACCUGGGUUCUCACAGCAAUGUCAUCGCAUGUGAUGUUCUGGAUCUUGGCCUCAGUCUAGCUUGACUUAUUUCCUUUGCUAGACAUAUGACCACCAUAGAUAUCACAGUAUCUUUGAUAGCUCUUGUAAAUUUUGUUGUAUCAAUACUUGUCAUGGCAUGUGGGCAAAAUUUUCUCUCUUGUCCCUUCUCAAAACUUUGAUUGAUUUUUCAUUUUUCAAUCUUGCCACGCCUUUCUCAGUCUAGAUAUAGAUUCUGGUUUAAUGUAAGCCUUGGACAUGAUUCUGUAAACUUCCUUAUUGUAGCCAAGAAUCAAGAUGUUCUCUUUG